ACAGGGAGAGAGACAGAGAGAGACAGACAGACAGCAGCAGCAGCAAGAGCCGCAUCCUUUGUGUAGCCGCUGUGACCGGUCACUGUGUCUCUGGGCUAGAGCGCGGCUACAUUGUAGCAACUGUCCGCUACUGUAACGUUAUUGUGUCGCUACUGUAUCCAGCGCCGGGAGAUCGCUGCGGCUGCGGCCCCCUGUCCCACAUACACGCACACACACACAGUGGCAGCCGGCGGCUGGGCCAUGGCAGCCGGGCCGUGUGUGAGGGGACCAUGAGCCGGGCGCACAGGCCCGGGGUGAUGGCGAGAGGCGAGUGCAGCUGCAGCGGCCCCGACACCGGCACCGGCCGCCCGUGACACAGCAGCGGGGACCGGGGGAGCCGAGGCCGAGGCUGAGGCCGGGGCCCGGGGAUGGAGACUCUGGGCAGGUUCGAGUUCAACAGGAAGGAUCUGAUCGGACACGGGGCGUUCGCCGUCGUCUUCAGAGGCCGCUGCACCGAGAAACAUGACUGUGAAGUUGCCAUUAAAUGUAUUAACAAGAAAAACUUAAUCAAAUCUCAAACCCUUCUGGGAAAGGAAAUAAAGAUAUUGAAGGAACUGAAGCACGAUAAUAUUGUGGCACUCUAUGACUUCCAGGAAAUGGCAAAUUCCGUCUACCUGGUGAUGGAGUAUUGCAACGGGGGAGACCUAGCCGAUUACCUGCAACGUAAGUCCACUCUUGUGAUCCCAGCCAGACUGUCCAUCCUGGGGUUAAAGGCUGCGACUGUCUACCCUAUCUACCAGGCACGUGCCGUCAAGGUAGGCAAGGUAGGCAGUCUGAAAUCCUGCCUUUACACCGUGGACCGCGUGCAUGAGUUGCGCUGCUCGCUGUACAUGGCCACCAGCCGACUGCGCAGUCGCAAGCAUCUGGCUUGCGGCGACAUUGUGCGGAUCGCCAUUGUACAUGGUGAGUGUCCUGCGAUGCGUGUCACGGGGAGAACGUGCAAACUCCACACAGACAGCACCGCCGAGGCACAGGAUCAGAAUCGGUCGGUCUCUGGCCGCGGUGAGGGGCAGGCAGCUCUCGCCGUGCUGCGCGGCCGUGGCCGCCUGGUUCUGGCACCAGAGGUGAUCAUGUCCCAGAACUAUGAUGCCAAGGCAGACUUGUGGAGUAUCGGGACAAUUGUGUACCAGUGCUUGACUGGCAAAGCCCCCUUCCAGGCCAACAGUCCACAGAACCUCCGCCUAUUCUACGAGAAAAACAAGACCUUGAUCCCAAAGUAA